CCCCUCCCCGGCUCACCAGGGUGCAGGUUAAGCAGGUGAAGCACCGCCCCGGAAACGGAGCUGGAGCACUCCACCUGCCGGGCUCGGAUUGGAUCCAGCACUCCCAGUCUUCUCGAGCCAGUGGUGACAGCUGAAGCCAUGUGAGUUGGAUCCUGAAUGAGGCUUUAUCUCUGGCUCUUCGUCAUCAGCCACCGUCCACCAUCCACCAUGGCACCAGCUCCCUCGGCCAGCCGGGAUGGGACAGGCAACUGAGAGAGCCAGAGAGAUGAUGGUGCCUUUGCCCUGGACUGUGAGAGGAAUAGGACUUCGGGCUUCCAGCUGCCAAGCAGGUGGUGGGGGCUCCAGGCCAUGAUCUGCACCCUCUAACCCUGGUGCUGCCCUCUGCCCUGACUUCCACCAGACCCGGCCAUGUCGGAAGGAGAGGCGCCUGCCCCGCGGGGCCGGGCGCUGCCCCCAGAUGUGCUGGCAGAGCAGGUGGAGCUAUGGUGGUCCCAGGAGCCGCGGCGCUCGGCACUCUGCUUUGCCAUGGCGGUGGGCCUCGUGGCUGGCUGCGGGGCAGGCGGCGUGGCACUGCUCGCCUCCACCAGCAGUCGCUCGGGCGAGUGGCGGCUGGCAGUGGGCACUGUGCUCUGCCUGCUGGCGCUGUUGGUUCUGGUUAAGCAGCUGAUGAGCUCAGCCGUGCAGGACAUGAACUGCAUACGCCAGCCCCAACAUGUGGCCCUGCUGCGCAGCGGCGGCGGUGCCGACGCCCUCGUGGUGCUGCUCAGUGGCCUGGUGCUGCUGGUCACCGGCCUGACGCUGGCCGGGCUGGCCGCCGCCCCAGCCCCUGCCCGGCCGCUGGCCGUCAUGCUGUCCGUGGGCAUCGCCCUGGCUGCCUCCGGCUCACUCUUGCUCCUGGGCUUGCUGGUGUAUCAGGUGGGCGUGAGUGGACACUGCCCUCCCCUGCGCGCAGCUGCCCCCUCCAUGCAUAGUGACCACAGUGGCAGCGGCAGCAUCUUCAGCAUCUCAGGACGGCUCUCUGCUGGCCAGCGUCAUGAGACCACAUCCAGCAUCGCCAGCCUCAUCUGACCCAGCCGGCGCCCUUGCCACAGCUGCCUCAACCUCAUGGACCUGUGCUGGCAUGUGAGUGUGUGUGUUUGUGUGACUGUGUGUGUGCACCUCCCCAGGACUGUCCGGCCCUACGGGAAGGUGAGUGUGUGUCUUCUUGGAACUGGGUGUGUGUCCAUGGAACUGUCAGAGGCUGCCUAUCUGCACUGGGGUCUCCAGGCAGAAAAGUAUCUGGGCCCCUGGAGAUUCUGGGCUCGCUCCUAUUCCCAGCACCCCUCCAAGCCAAUCCUGCCCUCUCGCACUCAUCAGAGACUUCCCCAGGAGUGACUGCUGCCCACCCCGGAGACCGCACCAGCAAGUCUUCAUUUAGGAGAAUCACUGGUGGCGGAGUGGGCUCCGGGGCGUGACAGGCCUGCGUUGGAAUCCCCCUCGACCACUUCCCAGCUGGGCAACUUGGGCAAGUGACUCGGCUUCUCUGAGCCUCAGUUUUUGAGAAUCAUGGUUGUGGUCAUCAGUUCUGAGGAUCGAGUGUAUGGAAGGACGGGGUACGUUACAGAUGUGCAUUAAAAGUGGUGGCUGCUU